AUGAUGAGCUGGUGGUGGAAUAGACCCCAACGACUGCAGCCCAACAGCCAGAGCCAACUGCGAUGUCCCAACUUCAUCGAAAUCGAGCGCGCAGUACGCCGAGCACGGAGCAGAGGCGAGCGGGAGACCGAUUUCAUCAAACUGCAUGCCAGCUAUGGGGACCUCGAUCAAUGCGCACGCGACAAGUGCCGGGGCUGUAGAGUCGUUCGGCAGGCUCUCCUGCUGUCCUGGAUCACGGGUGAGGAGGUCCGGACGAUGGAGGGGAGUGAUGCACCGGUGUAUGUCCGAUUGUCAGGAGGAGGAGGAGGAGGAGGAGGAGGAGGAGGAGGACGAGGCGAUCCCUUAAGUGAACCCAGGCCUCGUGGUCCGUCUCCGUCGACGCUACAAAUCCGUCUAGGGUCGUCGUCAUCAGACAGCAGCAGGGGCACGUUGGUAAACAUCGCUCUGACCACCAAUAUCCACCGUCCUUCGCUCCGAGAGGACCCCUUCGUCUCGGCUGUCCCCCAGAUCGAGUCGUGGCUGCGAGACUGUCGCCAACAUCACGAUUGCGCCAGCCUGACCCAGUCCGGCGAGCACCCCCGGCGACUGAUUAAGAUCGUGUCGGAGACGAUCUUGAGGCUGGUCGACACCUCGGAGUUGCCCAAGAACGCGAUACUCGAGUACGUCGCACUGAGCUACUGCUGGGGCCAGGGACGUGCCAAGGGCAGAACUACGCCGUGCAAUCGGGACAAGCGGAUGGUGUUUUUUCACGUGGCGGCGCUGCCCAAAACGAUACGAGACGCGGUGAGCGUGGUUCGUCGACUGGGACUCAAAUACUUGUGGGUUGAUCAAAUCUGCAUUGCUCAGAAAAUUCAAUGGGAUCAGGACACUAUCCCUCAAGAGCAUGAUGAUGAUGAUGAUGAUCAAGACGGCAGAGGGGAUAGCUACGAUGGCUGUGACGGCGACCGUUGUAAAGCUUGCAACGACGAUGCCGGGGAGGAUUGGAAUGCAGAGGCCUCGAGGAUGCAUGUUAUUUACGGGAACGCCAUCUUGACGCUCUGCGCCUGUUCAAGCACCAGUUCGAGAGACGGGCUCGUGUGGCCGCGGAAGGCGUGGACUUACACCGUCGUCCCGUUCUACUUUGAAGGUCAGUGGCUCGUGAACUACGACAUGAGUCUCAACGAAGUCAGGGCCACCGCACCACUGUCCAAACGCGCGUGGACGCUUCAAGAGGAACGACUGUCUCCGAGACUGCUGUACUACUGCGGCCAGAGAGUCUACUGGUCUUGCGGGGAGAAGCAGGACACAGAAGUCGUCACUCGUAGCGCAGCAGGGAAACCCGGCGACAGCGGCAGUGGCAGUGGCAGUGCCACCACGUCCUUUGAACGCCAGGAUGGAUUCCAGCAGAUGAGCGUGGCUCAGGUCUUCAUCAAGUUUCGCUUCACCGGAGAACGUGCUCGACUGCACCAUGAAUGGAACGAUCUCGUGGAGGCUUACUGUCCACGGGAAAUCACCGAGCCGACGGACAGAUUCCCCGCGAUCUCUGGCCUGGCCGCACAGUAUCUUUCGACCUAUGUCUCCCCCGACCACAAAAUCGGCCAGGAAUAUCUCGCGGGGCUGUGGCGCGACACUUUCCCGGCGGACCUGGCGUGGUCGGUCAAGACGGCGGCAGAUCCGCGAAAAGCCCUGGUUGACAUCGCCCCGAGCUGGUCCUGGGCGUCUCUUCCUGUCGGGACCGGCGUGAGCACAAAGCAGAGCUUCAAGCGGUGCGUCAACUUUGAGUUACUUGAAGAAGGCUCAAGUGGGAGCGGGGAUCCUGUCGGACCCAAGGAGAAGGAGCAAGACAAGGGAACCGAUAUCCUUCGUGCGUGCCAGGAGGGAGCGAAGAAGAGGCGUGUCUCCGUGCGAGGUCACCUGCGACAGAUCAUGUCCCCCGAGUCGGAAAAGAUUGAGUGGUCCGAGAUGACAACAGUGCGCGGUGGCCGGACCAAGUACAACCUUUCGAAGUAUAUUGCUCGCCACGUCCACGCACGAAACCCUGCACACGGCCAGCUGGUCAUAUACGAGCCGAACAGACAACCCAUCGAGGGACAACUGGACUAUUUUGUUCUUGCCGUGGACAACCACCCCAACAGCUGCGGCGGGGGGCGAUACGUGGCAGACGGCGCGGAAAGGGACUUGUAUGGCAUGCAGAUAGGCCAGAAGACAAUGCUCCUGCUACAGCUCGAGUCCAACCCCCAGGCACUUCAGGAAAAAAGCAACAAAACAGCGCGGAAUGCGGCAAAUGAUGCCAGAGUCAAUGUCUUUCGAAGGGUCGGGAUCUGUCGUGAUGUGCGCGAGACCUUCUUCGAAGGAGUCGAGGUGGUACGGCUUGAGCUCGAAUAG